AUGCCCAAAGCCAAGCCUAUUGGCAAGGCUCAACCAUUCCUUGGGGCCCCAGCCCCCAUCAUCUCCACAGGGGUCCCAAGGUGCAACCCCCUUUCACUCUUCAACCCCUACCUGUCCUCUUCCUUCCCUUCAGGACCAGCUCCUGCCGCCCCUGCAGCACCUCCAGCAGCACCCCUUAUCACCCCUGCUCCACCUCCAGUCCCCUCCACUGUAAAAGUGGACCACCCAGAAGCCUUCAAAGGCAAGAUUGGCUUGGAGGCCAAGCAAUGGCUGACAUGCAUGUUAGCCUGGGUAUGCCUGAAUCAAAGGCAAUUCCCAAUGGACCUGGAGGUCCUCUCCUUCCUCCUCAUGAAUAUGAUGGAGACCAGCAGAGCAUGGGCCCAUCCCCACUUGGACCAGCUAGGGUCCCACUGCGCACUCAUCCAAACUGUGGAUGAAUUCAAAACCAAGUUCCUGGCUGCCUUUGGCAACCCAGAUGCUACCCAAGCAGCAGGGUGGAAGAUUACUUCCCUCACCCAAACCAGCACUUGCACCAAAUAUAUUACUAAAUUCUGCACGCUACAAAUGGAACUUGAUUGGAAUGAUGCUGCACUCCGCAGCCAAUUUGCGCAAGGACUACACUGGGAAGUCCAAAGACAGAUUGCCACAAGGGAGAGGCAACCACGUACCCUGAGGGAGCUACAAGAUGCUGCUGUUACAACCUCCUAA